AUGCUGUCUUCAGCUUUGGUAGACCUCAUCAACAAUGCGGCGAACGAGUUCGUGGUGGGGCUGGACAGGAGCCAGCUGGAUUUUUCCGAGCUGCUGUCCGGGAAGGUCGACUUGCGCCAUCUGCAGCUGAAGCAGGCGGUGUUUGACUUCCUUCCGAUGCCCAUUACGAUGAUCUUUAGCUACAUCGGCCGCAUCCGCGUGGAAAUCCCGCUCUUCUCGCUCAUGACGAGCCCGCUGGACGUUCAGAUCGACGACGUCCUCGUGGUGUUGUCCACGCGAGCCGCAGACAAGUGGGACCCUGAGGGCUUCAAGCAUCAGUACCUGGCGCAGAAGGCCGCCGCCCUGGAGAGUGGCGAGUUCAAGGCAAUGUUCUCCGCGAUUGAGGGCGGACUCACCUGGUCGAUGAUCCUGACACUCGCCUCGAAUAUCCGCGCCGCCGUCCGCAACGUGCAUAUCCGCAUAGAGGACCACCACAGUCGGAAAAGCAGGCCUUUUGCGCUGGGCAUCUGCCUGAAAAACCUCAUUGUCCAGACGGCUCCGCGAGGCGCCGACACCAGCGAGCGGGGUUACUGCACGCCGGGGGGCCGGCUGCAGGACAACACGCUCUUCAAAAUGGUCUCCGUCGAGGGCCUGGGGUGUUACCUCGACGGGCUCGCUGACCCCGAGUGGCCGCUGUCCGCCGGGCUCCUCAAGAAGAAAGCUGCGACGCCGAAGCGGAACGGACGCACAGCCGCAGCUCGCAAACAGAGCAGACACGCGCGCCUUUCCGCUUCGUCUUCAGGCACCGACGAGGAAGACUUCAUUCGGGUGAAGCGAACUAGAUCCCGCUCCAGGGAUGCGCCCUCGCGGCUGCACUCGCGUGCCAAGCGAAAGUCGGAUGCCGUGGGCGCUUACGGCCUGCUUCGACUCCCCGGAGAAAGCGACAACAACUACAACCGCCGCCUGUACGAGUCCCUCUUGUCUCGCGUUCUGUUCGAUUCCUCUUCGACUGGGGCGUCAGGCGGAGACAAGCUCUACGGGGGCCUCCGCAGCUACGGCCCGUUCCCGGGCGGCGGAGCCAGGACCUUCAUGGGUUGGGACGAAGCCGAGGGCGGCGCCACGGGCUCCGUGGGCGCGUGCAGCCGGUGCUCGCCGGUGUCCCCUUUCUCCUCCUGCUGCGGUCCCAGGGCCGCGAACGGCAGCGGCCGCAGUCCGUCGUCGCCUUUUGAGUCGGAGGGAACGCUGGAAGCCACUCCCUUUUUCUCCGAAGGGUCAGCGGCGAGGGCCAGAGACCCGCGGGGGCCGCUCGGGUCCGUGCGGGACGACGGGGCUGCCGACGCGAAGGCUCCAGAGGACGAGACCACAACAACGGAGCCCUCGUCUGCUUCGCCGUUUUCUGCGGGAUCCUCUUCUCCGGGGAGCUCUCCAGCGUCGCCGGCUCCUGAGGGCAGGCGCAGCUGCGUGUGUGCCUCGAAUUCGUGGAUUCCGUGUCGACUGCAGGGAGGACGUGAAGAAGAAGUCGUCGUGCAGGCCCAAACUGGUCCGCACGUCUGCCACGCACGCAUCGCCCACACCGACAGCUGGGUUCCCUACAUCGCCGAGUUCUGCAACCCUCUUGUCGUCAGCGCAGACGCGGCCGCCAGCGCCACGAAGAAGCCUGGGGAGCACCUUGACGCACCGCGCGGGGGGGAGAGGCAAGCCGCCCCGCGCUCUCCUCUCUUAUCGCGGCCCAGCUUCCUCCCGCAGCCGGGCAAACACAAGGGAGUCUCCUUCUACGACCAUGGCCCGCUGCAACAGACUGCGGGAGUCUCCUCGUUCGGCGGGGCUUCUCAGCGCCUCUCUGUGAGCUCCUUCGGAGCCAUGGGCAAUCGUCCAGGUGGGGGACCGGGCGCUCCACGUGCCGAAAACGAAGCAUCUGCUUGGCCAGUCCUGUUGACUGAAGAUGGCGAUCGCAGCAAAAGAGGAGAUGGCGCGGCCCGCGUGUCGUUCCGCAAUCUGAAAAGCCGAAGGACGUCAACCCUGGAAUCCCUCGGCGCAGAUCGGGAUAAGGACGAGGGCACCAGGAAUUCAGUUCCGCCCUCGUUUUCUCUCUCUUCUCUCCCUGGUCGCUCUCCGCCUGCGCUGUCCCCUCCCUCCUCCACGUCUGGCGACUCGUUGCUGUCUUCUCCUUCGUCCCCUCUCUGUUCGCCUAGUCCUGCGGCUUCGUCUGUGCCCUCGCCUUCGUCCUACCAGUCUCCGUCGUCGUCGUCCUUUGCUUCAUCGUCUCUCGAUUUCUCGGGGCCUCUGGACCGGCGCGCCGCGCCGCGCCGACCGCGUGUGUGUGUGUCCCUCUCGUCGCUGCUUCAGUCUCCGCCGCCGUUUCUGACUCGCUCCUCGCAGGCGCAGACGCUCUCCCCCGUGCUCUCCGCUGGACCGAAUGGCGGCUCCAGCGAGAGACUGCUCUCUCAGGGCGAGACGGGCCCGGACGCCGCGGGGGGCCGGUCGGGGGCUCCGCCCCGCGAGAACGACGAGAACGGUACGGUGUACUACGACGCCGUCUCCACGCUCGCGCCGGGGGGGCCCGGGGCCGAGGAUUCUCUGUCGGGGAUCCCACCGAGUUCACAGGAUCCCCUCCAGUUUGCUCGGGGCGCGCACGGCCGUGGCUCGGCGCGCGGGUCCGUAGACAUGUCUGACUCGUUCGACGCAGGGAAGCUCCACAGCAGGCUCCGGUUGUUCGCCACGUCUUCGAAAUGGAUUCAGCCUUCCGCGGCGCCCGUGAGCAGCCCACCGCGCUCACGAGAGGCCCAAGAGAAAGGAGACGAGAGACCAGACUCCCGCGCACGCCUGCCCGGGUCCUCGCCGAGUGUGACGGAGGAAGAGGGCUCUGAGCAGCAGGAGGAGAGCGGCGAGGAAGGCCGAAAGAAGCCCACCAUGGGGCACCUGGUGCGCUCUGCGACAGGCAAGUUCGUCCACAGUAGGAGGGAGACGGAUGUUUUGGGGCGUUCUUCGUCGUCUCUCACGGCAGAGGCGAUGGGGGGCGGGGAGGCGCGGGGCGAGGAAGAGCGGAGAGACAAGGAAGGUGCGAUGAGAAGCGCCCGUGGGAAGUCGGGCGCAGUCCGGUUUGGAGGCGAGGAGAUUGAUGAAGAUGAGUUUGCCGACGCUGUGUCGGAAGGAGGAGACAGCGAAGCGAGCCAUGGGGAGGGAAAGAGUGCGAGAGCCAGCAGCGACAACGCGGGCGGACGGGAGGGCGACUCGGCGCAGGUUCUCGCCGCUAAAGGGGAGAGCAGGACGCCGUUGAAGCAAUCCGGCACAGGACUCCCCGCGGACCCAGACAAGAUAGAGGAGAAGAAAAGCCAAAAGCUCCAGCCCUUGACACUAAGUGCUGCGAAGGCCGAAAACUUCCAUGCCUUCCUCUUGAGUCUCUGGGACAUACGUCACGAGUACAUUAUAGACCCCUUCAUCUUCCAAGGUCAAGCGAAGCUGUACCUGUCCCUCGUCCCCACAGUGCCGAAGGGAGGCCCUGUGGAGCGCUGUUGGAGCACGUGGGGGGCUGCGCGGCGACUGCAGUCCGAGCUUACGGAGGCGCUGCCGUCUUGCAGCCUCUAUUUGACGUUUAUUGACUUGAAAAUCACGUUUUCCGAGUCUCAAGUCCUGAACAUGUGGAAGUGGCUUGAGUACUACUUCAUCCUCUACGGGCUUUGGCAGGGCGGCAUCCUGGGCUCCUUCGAGAAGCCUCGCGCGUCUCCGCAGGCGCAGGAACUGUACCUGAAAGCCUGGCCGCUGAAGCUGCUGCGGGCGACGGUUGACUCAGUCGGCGAGGAGGCGGUCGCGGACUCCUCUGGAAGGGACACGCCGCUGGGCGCCGCCUCCGAGAACUCCACGCGAUCUGCCGGCGUUUCUGAGGGCACGCAGACAGGCUUCGAGCGGGCAGCCUCGGAAGGCGAGACCGCCGACGGAGCGACGGGAGGCGUUGCCGACAUGGAAGGCUACGACGCUGCGCGCAUUCUGGCGUCGUCCGCGGAAAUCGAUGCCUUCUGCCAACAGUUCGAAGCGACGCAUUCCCUGCAGACGAUCUACAUUCUGCGGUCGAAGGCCUUCAUGCGUCUGAAGCAGCUGCGGGACAAAAUUAGCGCACGCAAACGGGAAAACGGGCCGCUGGUGCGCCUGUGGAACAUCGUCACGCUCGGCCGCUUCGCCGCGGGCGAGGCCUCGGAGCACAAAGGCGCGCCAGCAGGCGCCGCGGGGGGCAUCGUGGGCGACCCCGAGGAAGUCGCGAGAGCCAGCAGGCACCUCUUCGAAGGGCUCCUCAGACAAAACGGCGUGAGCAUGGCGCGGCUCCGCGACGUUCGCGAGCAGUCCGUCUCGAAGGACUUUCUGCUAGAUCUCGUCAUCUUCGAUGCGCAGCUCCUCGUCACCUUCGAGGGACAGGGGGUCGCGGUUCCGUUCCCGCGCCUGGGGCAGCGGGCCCUGGCGCUCGAGACAAGCUGCGUCCACUACCACCUCGAGGUCUCCGCGACCGGCGACCAAUCCGUCACGAUGGAUCUCGAGCUUUACCCGACCUCGGUCAUGUCGACGGGGCGCGACUUGGAGAGUCCGUACAUUCCGCCGGAGAUUACGCCGGUGAUGAUCCUGCAGCCGUCGGCGUCUCGCUUGCAUGUGAAGAAGAAGAACAACAUGCUGAUGCAUUUCAUGAACACGGUUUUGCGGGGCGGCGGGAAGAAGCGCGAGGAGGAGAGCGAAGAGCCGCCAGAAGGAGGCGAGGCGAAGAAGGUCGCUUUCUCGCCGGAGGUCGAAGCAGCUGUCUCCCCCGAGGACGCGCAGUCGUCGCCAGGCGCGGCCUUCUUCUCUUCGUUUUUCGGCAGGGGGAGGGCGAAGAACGAGUCCGAGGAAGGCGCCACAGACAACGACACGUUGGUGCGUGCAGAGGCCUCGCGCUGCACGGCGUCGUCGACCCCGGCCUUGUCCGCGAACGCCCUCGCUGCGUUUGGUCUGGGGCUUGGCCAGAAGAAAGACCGCGAAGCAUUCGACUUCCGCAGACGCCGCGACGAAGUCGUGCGGGGUUGGAACCCCGGAUUCUACAUGCGCGUCGACACGCAGCUUUUCCACACGCUGGAGCAACCCGAUGUCCGCAUCCUCGUUCACUCCUCCGCAGACCUCGUCGUCCUUGUCAGUCUCCAGAAACUCGCCAGCUUCUUCGGAGAGUGCCUCAACCUCCUCGACGAGGCUACCACGAAGGAGCUGCAAAUGUCCUCCAGUCUCCAGACUGUCUCCGUGCUUCGUCAGGGAGAAGAUUUUUGUCGGGCGGUCGCGGACGGAGACAUUUCCCACCCGAAUCUGUACCUGGACUGCGACUUGCAAAAGACAGUCUCUGCGAUCAUCCCGCGCAUCUCCUCCAGUCUACACUGCGAAGGAAUGAAACUCAAUUUCGGCCACCUGAAGGCGUCUUCCAAGCUCAUGCCGCGCCGGCACGCCUACCCGCACGACCUCUCUGUCGAAGAGAUGUCAGACGUCUACACGUGCGAAAUUGGGGGCCUCCAGCUCCUCCGCGUUGGCUCCUGCUUGGAGGACCUCUCGCGGUUGUUUGUCUAUCUGGGCGGCAAGCUGCUGCUGUUCCCUGCGUGCCUGAGCAACCUGAUGAGGAUACCCGUGCAGACGGCGGAGGGCAGGAGCCGCCAGUCUUCGAUGGCGGAAAGCUACGCGGCGGGUCGCCCGGGGGCCUCGGCGGGCCGCUCAGCGGGCCGCGAGGCGCGGCACGGCUUUGCGGAAGAGGUGGGGCGCGGAGGCGAAGAAGCGGAUCACCGGAAGCACGACUUCAUGAACUUCGAUGAGUUCCUCGCGAGCGCCGCGGAAGACGCUGAAGGCGAGAGGUGCCGCUCAGGUGGGCGGCCCAAGGCUUUCAAGGAGAAAGAGAGCGAGAAGCAACGCACUGAACAACACAUCGGGGGGCGCGGUCGCACGCUCAGGACCGCGGGGGCCUUCUCCAGCGUCGGCGAGGAAAGCGAGAGAGACGGAGACCGCGGCCGCCGAAGGGAAAAGAAGCGCGACGGGUCGCCCAGCGAACCGGCUCACCCCAGACGCAAGGAAGUGAACAAAGACAAGAAAGACGGCGAACAUAACUCCUUCAUCCUCAAACCGUCGAAAAAUCUCACAACGGUCGCGGUCUGCCACGAGAAAUUCCGCGCGGACGUCCCAGCGAUCCAUUUGGAUGUUGUUCAGGAGCGCUUGACUCUGAUUGUUUGCGAGUUGGACGUCGAGUUUCUUGCAAACGUGGUGGCGGAGACUCUGGACAUUUACUACAGCUACAGCAACCGCCUGGAGCUGAUGCUCAAGUCCCUCGAGGUGCAAGACGAGACCGUGUGCCAGCGGCUUGAAUCUCUGCGCGUGGAGCACGAAUUCGCGGCGGCCGCAGGGGCGCGGCGCGCGGGUGUAAGAGCCAGAAGCGGCGAAGAAAGCGCUGCAUCAAGCGAAGAGGGAGGGCGCUCGCGGCGAGGGAUCAAGCCACUGCCCUCUGCGGGAAGCCACGCCUCCUCCAGGAGCGGCAGGGGGCUGAAGAGCAAGGGCGGUACGCAUGCAGACAAAAACAAACCAAAGAACUUUAGCACAUCAUGCAGCGAGGCGGACACGGACGUAGAGACAACCGACUCCGCGACUCAAACCGACGGGCCGCCCGAUGGAGCACUCGACGAUGACGUCAGUCGGCUCGUGAGAGAACAGUGGGAGAUGAUGCAGGAGGCGGCAGAUGAAGCGUCGCGGAAGCUACAAAUCGGCGACCCCCAAGCGGCGACAGAAGGCCACGUCAUGCGCGUCGCGCUCCACUCCCGAUUUGGAGGAGCGCAGCUGCAGAUCUGGAGGAGAGGACCGACACUCCGAGGCACCCAAGGUUUCACAUCGCCGGCCUCCUUCAGAGGGCUGCCGGUGGACGCGUUCCUUGACUCUGCGGGCCUGGGAUCCGGCGAUUCGUCAGCGCGUCAGAGCUUCCGUCGGUCCGACGGUGCGAGCGGAGACCAGUACAGCGACUUCCGAGGCUCGUCGGGGGACAGAGGUUUUUACGCGAAGUCGUCGACCCCGUCCGCGCCCUGGGAGGGCCUGCAUCCCUAUCGUCUGGGCUCCAACGUCCGCUACAUGCGGCCGGACGUGGGCGCGCGUCUCGCACAUCUGAACCCAUCUGCGCGGCCCUACUACUACGACCCGCGAGGCGACGGCGGUGUGCCGGGGUCGCCCUCGUCUUGGCGGAGGACGCCGGGAUCUGGUAACGGCUACCGAGCCGGCCGAAGAGGCAGCCCGUACAUGUCGGGAAGCACAGGCAGCGGCCGAGACUAUAUGAAGCAUCACACGGGCCACUUCUCGUGGUAUUCGGGUUCGUAUUCGCGCGCGGCUCGUAACCCGUCGGCGAAUCACUUGCACGCGGUGCUGAUGAACUGUAUCUGUCUGAGUCACUUUUCAGAGGGUUUCGGUUUCACGGAGAGCCAGCGAAUCGGCCCGCUGAUCUCUCUGAUUUCUCUUCCCCUGUCGCUGGCUGUCGAGACAGGCUCCGACGGCAGCCUCGCACUCCAUUGCAAGCACGAAGGCAUUCAGGUGCGAGACGAGACGAAUAUCGCGCCGCUCUCCAUGUGCUACUUGUACCGUGGCACUGGCAGCGGCGCCGACGGGCGGCAAGCCCAGGUGACGCGGGUCGGCGAAAAGAAGGAGAAAGAAUCCCGGAGCGCCGCCGCGUCGUCGCCGAGUGCGUCGGGCUCUGGGCCUUCGCAGGAGGCGGGGGGCAAGACGACGGGCGGCCGAGAGAAACCCACAGAGGCCGCCAGAGAGGGAGACGCGAAGGAGCGCGAGCGACUCGCGGUUGCGUCCGUGAUGCUGCCCCCUGGGCGCAAGAGCAUUGUGCCAGCGCACCUCCCCGAGGAUCUCUCCCUAGUUGUCUCCGCCGGUGGCGACCGCAAACUCGCACCGGCCGUGGCGUUGCCAGCUCGGGGGAGGGGGUCUGAGGGGGCGAGCAGAGCUGCGGGGGGCCACGACGGAGGCCGAGGCAGCGGCACCGAGGACGAACGUGGAGGCGGCGGGCCUGGACCGGCUCGGAAGCGAAGCGUGUCUUUCUCGGUUCUCUCCACAGUGUCGACCACGCCCUCGGUGCCGGUCCGUGCCCGGUCGUCGAUGCGGGGAUCUUUCAUGCGGUGCCCCUCCGCCCGCCGUCGCCGCCGCCCCGGCACCAUCGCCAGCGGCUGCCCGACAGAAGAGGCUGCUCCCACCUCGCCCCAUCUGUCCGUAGACAUAUCGGGGAAUUUCUUCUCUGGUGUUAGCGAGUGCAGCGUGUUGCUGGGCACCUGCCGAGUGGUGGUGCUUUGGGAGGUCCUCGACGAACUCGCGCACUGGGCUGCCGACGUCUCUGAGAAGCUGCCCACGUUCCCUCAGCCGCCCCCCCUGCUGAAGUGCGUGUCGCGCUCGCUUCGGACGGGCGUGGGGUCUGGGGUCGGGAGGGCACCAGCGGCUGGCAGUCUCUCCUGCCGAGGCGGCGGAGACAGAAGCCGCAUACCGAGUAGCCUCUUCGCGCCUCGCCCCCCGCCGUCCAGCCCGAUAUUCUCCAUGGAGAGAAGCAAGCUGCUCAGUUGGGGAUCCUUGUCUCAGCAUCCUUUCGACUCGUUCGACGAGUUUCGGAGAGCAGGGGGCGCAAGCGCCGGGGGCUGGUCGCCGGCGUAUGGCGGCAGCCGCGGCGGGGUGGAGGACGGCCGCGGGCCGAGUCCGCAACGGCAGUGCCUGUUCGCCUGCCGGGGCGGGCGGGACAGCGUGGGGCCCGCGAGAGCGACGACGCGCCGGCAUUCCUUUCCCUUCUCAGCCACGCCGCUGUUUCUGAAAGUCAUGGAAAAACGCCACGAAAACGAGGCUCGGAGCAAGUAUCUGCCCCUCCCGCACGACAAGACCGGCGUGUUGUCGGCGGAGGACGAGUGGCCCCAGGGAAGCGGGGAAGAGGACCGAAAGACGUUCCUCUGGUCGCCGACCUUCCGACCACACCUCCCCAGCGGGCUGGCAGCCAUCAAACGCAAGACGCGCGUCUUCCCGCUGCCGGGCGGCUUCUCGCGCCCCCAUUUGCCUGGGGCCUUCGGGGCCUCCAACUCGGGGCGAUCUUCCGAGACAGGCUGUUCCUCCGACCCGUCCAGCUUCGUGGAGCGGUCUCUGGCUCGCUCCUUCUCGGAUGGCGAGGCAGAGCUGAGAAGGCGCGGCAGCGCGGCCUCCAGCUUGAGCAGGGGGUUUGAGCUGCCUGGCGGCGGUGGCGGACAGGCGGGAUGCUCGGCCUCGUUCUCAGAUCAAGCGUUCGCGUCCCAGGACAGGUCGCUGGCUCUUCGAAGAGCGCGUGGGAGCUCCACUGGGUCUCGGGACAACUGGCCGUCUUUCUCGCCCGUCUUCGCAACCCGUCACAGCGACGGUAUGUCUCAGGUGAGCACGGUGCUGGAUUAUUCGCGCCUGAUGCAGGCUGUCGAUGACUACAUGCCUUGGGAGGAGGCGCGAGAAGAAGAUUUUGAUCCGCUCUCGUGCUCCGGUAGCCGCAUUUUCGAGACCUACGAUGCGCCACACUUGGAAGUCGAGCCCAUGGUCGCGCCCCCAGAAUGGGCGCUGCCGCGCCACGCAUGGGAAGCCAACAGGUGCCGCAGAGCAACCGGCAGGGCCACGGGCUCAGAGUUGUUUUCGCGCGGGCACAGUCUGCUGUCGUUCCACGUCGACUUCCGCAUGGACACCUUCGAAGUGUGGAUUCCUGUCGAGCCCCUCCGCAUGCCGCGCCCUGCCAGUGUAGUCGCGGCGGACGACCGUGGCGUGUUCAGGGGAGGCAAAGGCGAUCGGGCGCUGAUGGGCCUCGCGCAGGGACCGUUCGCCUUCGGAGGUGGUUUACCGCAGUUGCCCCUCCCCGGGGCCGCAGAGCGCGUGGGAGCCGGUGACCCGAGGGGCCGCGACGCCUUUCCAGCCGGCGAGGGAAUGGUCGGGCCGCGGACAGUCAGCUGGGGAGAACGCGAGGGAGCGAUGGGGCUUGAUCGCGAAGGAGGAGGGCGCGCGAUCCACGGGAGGCGGCGACCCUCAGAAAACUUCAACGAUGUCGUUUCAGAGGCCGCCAGGCGACCGGCGGGUGGACGCCAUAAACGAGAAGGAAUUCUUCGGAGGGGCAGAGAGGCCUCGCUCGGCCGCGCUGAGGGCCGCAAACGCGACGACGCAGAGGGCGCGGCGACCUACCAAUCCAGCCGCCACCACGGUCUGCGCGAGCGAACCCACUUUCUGCGGGAGGAGCUCUUCCGUGCAAGGCGGAGACGGCACGUGGCGGAGAUGAAGGCCGACAGCGUCGAGGGCUACGUGAGCGACAGCGCGGGGCUUGUUCGCGACAAGGCCUCGCCAGAGGGCUCCUCGGGCCACAGCCGCAGGGCGGGGCGGCUGCGGGUGCGGGGCGCGGGAGGCGCAUCGCCAGGCGCUGUCUCCGACGUGGAGAGGACAGGCGCAGGCAAGCUCUUUGGCAAUUCGCACUGGCCCCAGCGAAAGGGCAAUCGGGCCACUGCGGCUGCGGCUCCAGAACGUCAGCUGGAGCGGGGAGGCAAGAUCCGCGAGCAGGACGCUCUCCGCGGGGUCCUGGCGAAGGGCAGCGAGGCGCUGUUCUGGGGAGAGAACGCGUCGAAGAGCGACACGGAGGCCGGGCGUUGUAUCCUCGGCGCCUCCGGAGACAGGUAUUUCGGGUACUGCGAUGCAGACAAGGCGUUCGCGUCCAAGAUCUGUGUGAACAAGAGGUCCUUGCGGCUCGCUGGCAUGCGGGCGCGCGCCAACUGGCGCAGACUGAAGUUCCUCGUUCGGCCGCCGGAUCGCUCCUGGGCGACGGCGGUGCGCGAAACCAAGGAAGACUACUGCCGCGUCUUCUCGCGAGCGGGACAGUAUAGACCCACAGAUAAUCUCGAAAGCAUCAUAUCUGCAUCCGGCUUCGAUGUUGGCCCCAUCCCGACGGUCCUCGCAGUCAAAGGCAGCGCCAGCGCCACCCUGAUGGUCUGUCGUCUCGCGACGUCGGCGAUGCAGGACCAAAUGGACCGAGAAGAAGACCUAUUUGCGGGGCGGUCCGUCGACUGGCAGGACCAAGACAACUUCUUCGGGCGCUUCGCCGAUAUUGGCAUGUCAGAACAUGCCGGCGACUACUUUGCCGGCGGCAGGCCACAUGCGGCGCCCGCAGAGGUCGGAGACGGGGCGGCGGGCGCCUACCGGGACGAAAGAGAGCCGAGCGGUCCGCUGCCUGGGACAACUUCUUGGGCCUGCGGAGGGGAGGACGGACGCGGCGACCCCCUGCAUGGCGUUGGAGGCGCAUAUGGUCUGGACCGAGCGGGUAUGCAGCAGCAAGCCAGUGACGGCGUCUGGGCAUCGCAGAGAUGCCGGAAGCGCCCUUCGCGGCACUUGGAGGAAGAUGAAGACCGGAUUCUUGCGUACUGGGGUCCUCCGUCCUCGUGGUACAUUCCCGAGCUGCGCAAAGCCUUCGCCUUCACCAACCCCGGCGUGGUGUCGCCGCUGCUGCCCUUCCGCUUCUUCUUCCCCUCCAUGUGGCGCCUUCAGGCCUCAUUCACAGACGUGGUGGCGAGCUCUCUCACGCCGGCGACCUUGUCGCCAGUGUAUCCAGCAGCCAUCCCGUGGGGCGACGUCGUGGUCAACAGCCCGUUGGUCUCCCCCGUUCGCCUUUCCCUCGGGCUGACCUUGUCUCUGCCGCACGCCUACCAGAUGCAUGAAAGACUCGCCGGGAUUGACCGGACUGCGUCGAUGAUGAUCUACAGGGCCUACGGCGUGACGCGCCCACAGGCGCCCGAGGGUCUGAGUCUCUCUCUGAACGCUGAGCCUGUGCUUGUCACGAUGGACUGCUACUCCUUCUUGUAUAUCUACCAGCUCAUCUCGAUUCUGAACAGCUUCGGCGUGUACGUAGCCGAACUGUUCCCCACCUCGGCUGGGGACGCCACGAGUGAAGAGGCAGGGGACGGCCUCGACAGAGAGACGGCAGCCGACGGCCGGGACGACGUGGUGUCGAGGCGAGGCCGGAGGACGCGACAGGAUGAAGAAGCAAGUCCUGCCCCAGACGACGCCUCGCAGAGUGGUUUCGGCGGACUGCGAGGUCGGCGCGUGGGGCGCGUCACAUCGCAGAGGAGAAUAAACGGGAGCCCCGACAGCGUAGACCACGAGCAUCGCGACUCGAUGGAGAGCAACCGGAAUGCCGCGGCUCCUCCUGGACCCUGGCGCCUCCUCCACUCAAAGUCUUCCACGAGGGCGAAGGACCUCGCAUCAGGGGUCUCCCUGCGAGAGGACAACCCGCUGGGACGAGGCGACCCCGACCGCCCCGCAUUCAAAUACGAGAAAGACGACAACCGAAGCCGUACCGCCCCCGGAACCGUCAUCAGGACGGCAGCCUUCUUCGCAGGCGGCAAUGGCGAACAAAUGCCUCUCUCUCGAUCCUUCGGUGGACUCGCUCUUCUGCCAAACGAGGGCUUGGGCGAGGCUCCGGUCUCCUCAUCUCGGGAGCCGAGCGCGUACGAGCAGACGGCCCGGUCGUCGUUUUCUUCGCGAUCCGAGAGCUCAACGAACCAGGAUGACAACCUCAGCGUGUUCCCGCUAGGCACCGCCACGUCGAGAUCUGUCGUCGGCGACGAAAGUGUGGUGGGGAGUGUGUUGCCACCCGCGGGGAUCGCCCCGCCCCGACCCGCUGACGGCACAGGGCUUCGCCGGCUUCCGAAGCUUGAGACACUGUUGUAUAAUUUCCUCCACACCUUCCCUGUGGGCAUGACCGCGGAAUCUGAGCUCGUCCGGGUUGGCUUCUGGGACUUCUACUCGGUGAAUCGCCGCUGUUUCCUCACAGUCACUUUCGAGGACCUCUCCCUGGGCGCCACGACGCGGAGUCGAACGAAGGAAGUCCCCUUUUCGCUGACGUCGCUGACAGUUCGGGCCGCGGCAAGCUCUCCGGAGGUGCUGGCGUGCAGAGCGGCGCUUUACCGGAUGGAUCAAGAGCGCGUUCAGAGAGAGAAGCGCAUCCGCUUCGCUCGCCCAAUAAAGAUGCAGGACGGUUCUGCACGCCACCCAGGCGCCCGGAAGACUGAAGUGUUGCAUUCGCCCGAGGCGCGGGAAGCUGAAGAUCGCCGCAGAGGGACGUCCUCGCCGUUGCUUUCCGCCUGCGCAGGCAUGUCGCUUAUGUCAUCGGAUUUCGACCGAGCUGAAUACGGAAGGAGACCGUCGGAUGGAGGCAGUCCGCUGCGUUUUUUGUCGUCCUCCAGGCUUUCGUCGUGGUCGCCGCACGCAACCGGCAGAGUCGGCGGGCUGGGCAGGAAUCUGGACAGCAGCGAGCCGGACGGCGUGGAUGCGGCACGCGCGCUCCGAGGGCGCAGCGAUCCCUCCGGAGGCGCGGGGCAGAUGCAUGCGCAUCUCGCGUCUCCCGUGGCGAGUUGUUUGGCGCCGCCCAACGACCGCGAGGCGGACUUCGGCAGUCGCCAAGAGGGCGCCAGACACGCCUGCGGUGGCAGAGCGAUGCUCUCGCGGACCGAAUCGGACGGCUCGUCCCUGCAUGCAGACGAGGGCUUGGCUCCGACAGUGUGGCGCGACGACGUGUCCCUGCCCGACUCCGAAAAUUCCCUCUUCUCAAGCGGCCCUGGAUUCUGCAGCUCGCGGCCGGUUGUCAAAAUCCCCGGGAGCCACCGGCGCGUCGGUGACGGCGCGGGCCUUGGAUCCGGACCAGGAGGAAUCGGAGGACUUGUUACGCCAACCUCCGGCGGAGGCGCGGCCUCGCACAGGCGCAGCUCGGCGCUCGGCUCGGGCAUACAGUCGCCCUUCGGCACGGACGGUGCGCUGGCCUUCUUCGACCAUCGGCGCGCCGCCGCGCGAACGCUGACGAGGCGAAAGGCCCAGGGCGACGAGGGGUUUGACGCGUUUCCGCCCACCCACUCCACUCCAGGGCUCGCGGCGGGGCACGCAGGCAAGAAGCUGCAUGUGCCGUUGCGGCCGAAAGAGCUGAAGAACUUCCUGCUGUACGGGACGGCUGCCCCCGGCGAGCCCGAGGGCGCCGCGGCGCGAGGCUCGCCGGCGAACGACGCAGCCGCUGCUGGCGACACAGGCACUGCACGCGAAGAAGAAGAGGCCUACGCGGGCAGGGAGGCGUAUCAGACGGCGAGCAACGACGUGCCUCAGCGGAGCCAAGCCGUGCUGAUUCAGGAGUUUCUGGGAUGGGAGAAUCCGUGGCUGACGCUGGAGGCCUCCGCGAUGCUGGAGCUGGAGCAUUUCAACCGCAUCGAAGGCACAAACGACUUGACGAUGGAGCCGUGGCAAGUGACGGUCCUCGGAAGCAAGGCUUCCCUCAGCGACACGCUCGACUGCGACCUGGAGGCCACGUGGCUGAACCUGAACUUGAAUGUGGCGCUCGCGGACGCCAUCCUCGUGUACGGCUACGCGCUGAUUGGCUGCGUGAUCAAGGAGCGGUACGCGCUCCAGCUCGACAGGCACAAGCGCUGGAUUCAACAGCGCAAGCGCGAGAAAGAGAUGGGCGGCAGCGGCCAGAAAGAGAAGGACCGCAGCGGCGUCUCCGCCAGCGGCUCCGACGGGAAAAGCGUAGGCCCCGACGAUGGGCGCAGUGUGGUCGGCGGAGGGUCGUGCGCGGGCGACAGAAUCUCUGUGGUGUUCAGUGGCAGCGCGUACUCAACCGAGAAGAGCGCCCUGGAACAGUUGGGGUUGACCGGGGCGACCUUCCUCAAACCCGACGGCACGCUGCUACACCCCGACCGCUUCAACAUCCUCAAGUGCCUCUUCAACGCGCUGUCGCUCGAUUUCCUCGGAGACAACCUGGUCAGCAAGUCGUCGGACUACAUGCAUCCCUCAGCAGAGUUUGCCGGAGACGUCCUCAAGAACACGUCCGUCCCAGUGGCUGUUUCACGACCUCGUCGCCAACCCGGAGCGGCAGAGUUGGCCGCCGCAGGGGCGCUCGCGGCGGCUGCGGCCGGCGCGUACAGCGUCGCGGUCUCCUCGCCGCAGCAGGGAGGCGCAGGCGGCGCCGCGGGCGCGGCGGCUGACGUAGCUCUCGCGGCGAGAAAUGUGUCGAGUGCGCUAUCCAGGAAAACGACUACCACGGAGGCGGCGGCGGCAGCAUCGGGUCAAGGCGCGGGUCAGUUCCUCGGCUUGGCCUUUGGCCGCAAGCCGAAGACCGCUGCGGGCCCGGGCCUGCCCGGCGGGGCUUUGGGCGCCGACGUGGCGGGAGGAACUGGAGCCUUGGCGGUCGCCGCGGUCCCGGCAGGCGCGGGUCUGGCUGACGCUGGAGAGACCAAAGCGGGUGUGAUCACCAAGCGCCAGAGCGGGCCGCCCUCCGCGGGGGCCGAGGCCGGCAAGAGCGGCGGCGCAGGAGACAGCAAAGACAGGGAGGCGCGUGAGGACGAGCAACUACCCCAACUGUUCAACCUCCUUGGGCAAACGAUAGCCGUCAUGACAGAUUUGAUCGCAGAUGAAGACUCGGACCAGCUUGAGGGGACGUGGACGUUUGUGGAAGACGGGCAGCGCGUGGGUUUGCGGACGGAUGAGAACGGCGUGGUGGAGACGUUCAUCGUGCGGCUUCGGCUGCUCAACUACGUGUACGAUUUGCCUUCUCAUCUGUUUCAGUUCACCUCCGAGACACGCGACGUGAUCCGUCUCUCCGUGCCCGAAGUGCCUCUGCCGCCCCGCAUCCAUCUCUUGGACGAGGACCUCGGCGAGGGCGGCGGCGCGGCCGGAGACGACGAGGGCAUGGGUCUCCGCCCCGCGGCGUCGCCUUUUUCGCCUUCGUCGGCCUUCCGCCCCCGAAACCGCGGCACCGCGGCAGGUGGCGGGUCCGGUCCGGGUGCGCUGCAGCGGCGGGCCUUCAGCCGGCGUUCCCGGAUUGGCGUGGCGAAUCGCUUCUACUCGCUGCAGGGGAAGAUCACGUUUCCUCACGAGCGGUCAUGGUGGGACCCAGAAAACCUUCCGCACCCGAGGAACUUUGUGUAUAUGCUGUGGCGCACCGCCGCGCACUCGGCCGCUGGCGGCGGCAACGCGAGGCCCGACCAACUCGAAGAAGUCCGUCUUCGCCGCGUACCACCGCAAGUUCAUGAGCUGCCCCUCGCGCCCCCCACGCAGUCCAUGCCGGUCUUCGCGAACGUGAUGCGCAGGUACCAGGGCCUCGGCGGCAGCGCCCUCAGGAACGACCGCGUGCGCCAGCGCCCGACGCUCGCUGCGUCGGCCCGCCACGACCGCGGCGCGGGGGCGCUCUUGGGCACGUCGCCGACGGCGCCCACGCGGCAAAAGACGGGCAUCACGGCGAGCGGCGUGCCCAUCAAACUCCCGCGGCAGACAGUGCGCACAGUCCCCCCGACGCUCAAACUCCCGGCUAUGGAGCACUACAUCAUCGAGGACCCUUCUGCGGGCGACAUUGGUCGCAAGUUCUCCAUGGUCGCCGCGAACCCCUCCAGCGACGAGGAGGAGGGCUUCCUCUCGGCGCUGCCCGGCGGCGGGGCGCGGCACAGGGCCCUCGCGGGCGCGGGCGGCCAGGGCGAGGGCGGCAGCCGGCAGCGCGCGGCGGGCACGAACGGACUGUCGAUGGCUGUGGAGGCCGUGAGCCGACUAAACGGCGGCGGCGGUCGCGACCGCAGCGCGCGGCUCGCCGAAGACGCGAAGCGCGGGGGGCACAGCCCGGGCAACGCAGCAGGGUCUACGGGGCGACCCCGAGGGGGCGAGAGUCUCCCUGGAGGGAAGGGGCUAAGGGCGAGCACGGAGGAGACGUCUCUCGCGCCGUUCCUGUACAAAAUUGCUCCAAGCGCAGGGCCCGAGACCGUGGUGACUGUUUCGGGUCAGUCCUCGCCGCAGAGUCCGCAGCCGGAGGGAGAAACCGGUGCGAAAGCAGACGGCGUAUCGGUUCAGAAGCGGGUGCAACUCGUGGAGCCCGACAUCGAAGGCUCGGGCGUCGAUCGUCCUGGCCCCUUCAGCGCCAACACCGUCCCGCGCUACGGCGGCGGGGGCUUCAUGACGGCGAGCAGUCGACGGAUUACGCGCAGCCUCCGGCGGAAGAAGCGAGGCGACAAGCGGGUGAGGACCAGAAAACACGACGUGUACGGCGGCGAAUUCAUUCCCGUGAUCGACGAUAUCGACUGCAUCGAGCUGCAGCCCUUCGACUCCAUGGUGAAAGCCAUCCCCCUCUUCUGGACCCUCACGGACAACGCCCCACUCUGGGUCUCUCUCAAAAAAGAGGCGCCGAGGUCCAAGGCCGAAGUGCGACGAAUCGUCAAAUACCCUGCUAAAUGCGACUUCCUCACCGAGGAACAAACCCUCAAGGCAAUUUGCGGGAACGCGCUGGUGAAUUAUCGGCCGCGGAAGUCUCAGCUGCCUCCGUACCAGGUCCACCUCGAGGGCCCUAACGACGAAGUCAUUGCCCUCUCUUCCUCGGUUCGCGGCGUGUCUCUCCGCUGUAACCAGAAUAUGAUCAAGGAUUCGCGGAUCCCGGGUCUGUUUUUUGAGAUUGUGUUGGAGCACUGCCUGGUGAUUCUGAAUCGCUUGCCGCGGAGCCUGUACGUGAGGCCGAUCUCGUCGACGGCGCUGCAGCAGCGCGAGGGGGAGCGCGACCCGUCCAUUGCCCGCGUCCGCGAAACCGACUACGUCAUUGAGGCCGGAGAGUCGCUGUCGCUCGCUGCCGAUCCUGCGGCGAUGGUCGUUUUGUUCGACGACUUGGUCUCCAGGCCGCUCGAGAUCGCCUACAAGGCUCAAGGGACAAACGUGCAGAAGCUGUAUAUGGACCUGGUCGCCCCCGAGCACCCGUUGCCAGCUGAUUUGUACAGCCCCGUGGCGGGCGGCGAAGGGGAGGCGCCCGGCUUGCACAGAGUUUCGGCUUCUCCUCGCGGCUCGUCGUCUCCCGACAGCGCGGCGGCCGUGGCGAACGCGUUCCUGACCGAUGCGGACGCGGUGUCUCUCUCUUCGGACUCGCCCGGCGAGCUGCCUGGCGCGGGCCUCCAGAGCGACGCACCGGAACGGCGGAGCCGGCUGGGGUCCGCGGAAGGAGGCGGCGGUUGGAAAGGCGGGCACGAGCGAGACGCGAAGGGAGGAGGCGAGCCAGACAGCGGCGGACUCACUGGCGGUAGCGACGACCCGACUGCGCUCGUUGAUCACCACGGGCGCCAGCUCCGACCCGUCUGCCGAGACAUCCGGCGCGGAAGCGGCGCCCGCAGACGGGAACACAGCUUUUCGCUCGUGUCUGGGAACGGCCAGGCUUCGCGCGCGGCGGCAGACGCCGACGAACUGAUGGCUGCUGUGCCACGCAAAGUCAUUCUCUGGGUCCAGCUCAGCGACCAAGCGGGAAACAAGAAGAAGGCGGCUGCCACCGCCUUCAAGUUCUACAACGGCACCUACGUCAGAAGUGUGACUGUCUUCGCCGACGUGUGGAUGAUCAACCGCUGCUCGUACCCGAUUCUGCUGAAGCGCGUGGACAACGGAGCUCUUCAGCUGCUGGAGUCUUUUCACCGCGUGAUUCUCUCCCAGGACUUUGCGGCUUCGCACCUGCGCAUCGGAGUCCCGUGCAGUCAGUAUCACCGGAUUCAGGACUUUGCUGUGUACCCGCGGAAGCCUCCGGACCGGUUGAAGGCGUGCAUCAACGCGGCGUUUAUGAUCCAGAGACAUGAGACGGCGGCGUGGUCAAAUGACUUCGUGCUGUCUGACAUGGGCACGCUGGGUCUGUUUAUGAACCAGACGGAGCAGCAUCCGCAGCUCCACUACACGGUGGCGAUGAGUAUCGGUCCGGCGCCGUUCUUCCGCACCACGAUCGUCGAGAUCCUCCCCUCCUUCGUGCUGGUGAACGAGCGGAAAACAGUGCCUCUUUGGAUCCGCGAGAGCUCCGCCGGGCUCGGCUACGCAAAGGAAAGCAGCUACCACCGCAUCAACCCAGGGCAGCUCCUCGAGUUCCAUCCCCAGGGCAGACACCCCGUCACCAUUGAGCUCACGGGCAUGGAGCAGGCCGACCUCAUGGCGGAGCUGGAAAGGGAGAAAAAUGGCGGGCAAGUCGAGGAGGUCGAGGACGACGAAGGCGACGGCGACGUCGAGUUGCUCGCAAAACUCGAUGAAGAAGACGCCGAAGCAGGCGCAAGAGACGGCAACGACGAGGACGACUUCUCGGCGCAGGAUCUCUUAAGCGCGGAGCUGGAGGAACCUGAGGAUGAAGCCGCGAGCGCGGGCGACGCAGAUCCCCGCGACCCCCAAGCGGCGCAGGAUAAGGACGGGGGGAAAACCCUUCAAGACAUAGACGGCGAGUUCAUUGAUGCCUCCCUCGCUGGUGAUGUGAAACAGUGGAACGGCGGAAAGGCAGAUCGAGGCGGGCUCUCCGGGAAGAGCAACGACACUCAAGCAAGGCCGACCGGAGAAGAAGAGGCCGCGCUUCUGCAGUCUUUUGUGGGCAAGGGGAACGACGUUGAAACCCUCAUGAGCGCGAGCGGUGUAAAAGGAGGGAAGCAAGGAAUCGACGUCACCGAUGCUUCUGAUUCUCAGCCCGUGUUCAAACCGGAUCCCGUGCAUAAGGCGUCGGGGCUUUGGGCAGCGAGUUCGUCUUUCUCAGCGUCGCGCGGCGCCACCGAUGGAGCCGGAGGUGCGGCCUUCGCGCCGGGCGACUCUCUUCUGGCAGCCGAUUGCGCUUGCCAGACGAAAGAUCUGUCGCCCUCCGCUGACUGUGGAGCGGAAGAGAGCUUGGGGGCUUCCGCUCUCGGCGGAUCCGCGCUCUUCCAGGCCGUCGCCGCCCACGCGCGAGAAGUCCCGGCUCCAAAGGGCGACGCCGGCGCCGUAGACCUGCUGAGUGCGGAUGAGAAAGACGACGCCGCGGGGGGACUGGCAACAGCUCCGCCGCUACCCGUCUCUCCCCAGUAUCAAGGCCUGCAGGUUCAACACGCGCAGAGAUCUCUCACGGCUGCUACGACCAAGGUGGAGGACAUCAACGUCCGCUUGGGCCACAGUGUUGCCGUGGAGCCGGGGGCGCCGCCGGCGGGCCGCUCGAGCCCACUGGGGCACUCCCAGCCCGCGGCGACGGCGCCCGGCCUUGCGUGGCGCCCGUCCGCGUCUGCGCCUUCUUUUGUGACCUCUUCUUCCCGCGCGGAAGUCUGCGCGUCUGUCCAGCCGCUGUUGCACGCGGCGCCGCUCGCGGGGAGCUCGGUCCCGAUGGCGGCGAUUUCUCGCACUGCCGAGGUCGGAGGACCGGGGCAGCCAGUGGUGGCGCUGAGCGAGAAUGCCGGCGGCAGCGGAGUGUCUCUGCAGAACUCGGGCGCCAGAGCGAGUGCGGACAAGCGCGGGGAUGGCGGGCGAGGGGGAAAUGAGAGGACAAGCGGCGCUGACGGCUCGACAGGGCCAGGUCAGCAGCGAGCCAACGCAGAGUGGUCGUUCCCGCUGGAAAUCACGUAUGCGCGCCUCCUCCAGAUCCGCCACCCGACAGACUCCGGUGCACGCGGCGGGCGGCCGAGCCCCGCGGGCAGGCGCACGAGUGUGGCGCAGGCGAUUUCCCGCUGGCAGACCCGAGAGAGCCUCUCUGAAGCCACCAGCAGCGCCGGGGGCGGCCGGCCGCAGGGCCGCGACUUGCCCGAGAAGGGAGCUGAGGACGCGGGUCGCGAGAAGGAGCAAGCGCGGCGCACCACCGAGACCCCGGCCCUGCAGCGGGAAGGCGACGCCGACAGUCACGUGUCGUCGACGGACUUGAAGAAGGGCGAACUCGAUGCAGUCCUCGAGUCUGCCGACCAGACAGCGGACGCUAGCCGGCGCGGGUCGCCAGCCAGCACAAGCGUGAACGGCGCGGGGACGGCGACGGGGUCUCCAGGCGCAGCGGCGCCGCCCCUUCCGCCGCCUGCGUUUGGAGUCACUGAGAUGGAAGUGUCGCUCUACAGCGGGUCGCGCUUCGUUCUUUUCCUCGAUCCGGCGAUUCCAGAUUACAUAUUGCUGAACAAGACUUCGGUGCCUCUGUGCGUCGCGCAGGCGGGUGUGGCGGGUUUCGGCGAGCUCCUCCGCCCCAUCCCGCGUGAGCACUUGAACCGGAAGAACGAAUUUGUGGGACAGAGAUACGGCCUGAAGUUUGCGCUGUACGAUCCCACAAAGGAGGCGAAGCUCGACGUCUGGCUGUUCAACGAGCCCGAGGAACACGCGAGCCGCCGACUGGGCACGCGCGGCAGUCACAGUCUCCUGCGUAAUGCGCGCCUGGCCUCGAAGCUGCGGCACAUCCCCGGCUCGUCUUCGCAGAUCAUCAACCACCUGACUGGGGAGGCCCAUCGCCUCAAACGCCGGUCGACGGAUUUUCUGCGUGCAGGCGGCGCAUUCCCGAGUCUGCGGACGCAGUCGUACGAGGAGCGAGCCUUGGCGCGAGGCGACAUGCUGAGGCCCUACGCACAUUUUGGCGGAGACGCCUACGUGCCGCGACCUUUCCACGGCGCCACGUCCGACUCGCUGCGCACGGGGGUUUCGCACCCCGCUGCGGACGGCCGGGAGGCAGAUGCCGAAAAAGACCUGGGGCCCACCAGACUCGCGCGCCCGCGUGAAAGGCCAGGCAGGGUCUCUUCCCAUGGGGCGCUGGACGCCGGCGAAGGCGACGCAGGCAACCUCGGAGGCGAUCGGACGCCACUCUUCGCGACGAGGCUUCAGUCGUCCGUUCGCCGCUUCCCCUCGAAUCCGCUGACGCGUGUGAACACGGCGACUGGGCGGUCGAGGGGCCUCGCGACCGCGUCACGCUUCCAGCCUGCCGGGCUGGGCGGCGUACUCCACCUCUUCCCAGAGGAAAGUCUGACGCUGGAGGCGGACCGAGGCCCGUACGGGGGCAGCGGCACGGCCUUGGAUAUGUCGGUUGAGCAGUAUUCGCGCAGAGACUUCUCAGAGUCGUUCUACAUGCCCUGCAGCCGUGGCAGCAACCUCUUUUUCCUCGCACUCACACACCCGGUCACGGGGGCACGCGUGGUCGUCUGCGUGCGAAAGAAAGUCAUCGCAGGAAGCACGUACAUUGUCUUCUUCGAGGCGACGCGCGGCGGACGAAGCGACAGGGGCAGCAGCGCGAUCCUGCCAGACCUCGGCCUGAGCCUGCAUCUGCCUAUGCUGUACCCGGGCGAACUCUACGGAGCAGUAGCUGGCGUCGCCCCUCAGCGGGCGCUGGCGGAGAUCAAGAAGGGCAACAACCUCCUCUUCAAGCCAGCCAUCCACAAGCUGGGGAGCUCUGUGCAGGCGGACAACUUCCCCCUGCUUCGGCCCAAUGCUGGCGCGCGCCUGGUGAAUCAUCUCGGCCACCGAGUCGAGGGCGUGGCGGAGCGCGUGGGAGGCAUGGUCGGCGGUGCCGUCGAAACUGUCAACAAGGGCGCAGAACGGUCUGCGGCUCUGGCCGCGUCGCUCGGCGGCGACUCGGCCUUCGCGCUGGGCAGCAACGGGCUGCUGCGGCGAUCGUUCGGAAGCAUGUUCUUCGGCGACUACGACCACUGCUCGACAGACGGCGUGGACUACGCGGACGACGAAAGCGAUGAGGAGGAGGCCUCCAAGGCGAUGAUCAACACGGACCUCAGCGUCAACCUCUGUCUCCUCGGCGUCGGGGUCAGCUUGAUCGACUCGGAGCCGAACGAAAUCUUGUACGCCAGCGUAGAGAUGCUCGGCGUCAACUACGACGCGACGGCUGAGAGUCAGCGCGUACGCCUGACUGUGGGCUGGGUGCAGGUCGACAACCAUGCGAAAGGCGCCUACUACCCGACGAUGCUGCGGCCCAUCACCGACUGGCUCACGUCGGCGGAUUCGUCGCAGGACGCGACCCAGGCAGGUGCCGAGGGCGACGGCGCCGAGGCCGCAGACGGGGCGCGCCGGAGCUCCGCCCAGGCGCCCGACAUGCUGCUUGACGCCAGCGCGCAGGGAACGAGUGGAGGCGAGCGAGCGUCGGGUUCCAAGCCCACGGGGGGCGCGCAACCACCCGCGCGCAGCAGCGUGGAAGGUGCGGGAGACCGCGCGAAGUACGGCAGAGCCUGGCUCCGUACCGUCACGGGCCGCCGCCCCGACGGGGUCCUGCCGGCGGGGGCGAAGAGGAGAGGCCUCGACGAUGCGGGAGCCGAGGAGGAGAACGCGGCGGACGGGCUGGCGUCGCCGCGCGGCGUUCGCUCUCUGCGCGGUGGAGGCGGCGAGGGGAGAGAGGGUCAAGAAAGCGCGUUCCAGCCGCGCUCCAGCGGAGGGGGGUCCGCCUCUGGAGGAAAGCGGCCCAGCCAGCGAGCAGGGCACAGCGAUGAGCUCGAGCGGCUCUUGCCCGGGGCCUACGGCCGGUCUCAGUCUGUGCCUUUUGGCGGAGGAGGAGGCUACGUGGAGCAGCACGGAGAAAGAGAAUACGAGCGUCCGCAGUGGACAAACCUGCAGGCGCGGGACAUGCUGCCGUCGCAGGUGGCGAACAUCGCGCGUCUGCAUCACUCCGAGCAGAGCGGCAGGCUUAUGGACGAACGCGACGCGGUCGUGCAGGUCCUGAUCGAACACAGGACCUCUGUCGACGCCGGCCGCGGCCUCGUGGACAUGCCCCAGUGUCUGCUCCGGCUCGAGCCUCUGAGCGUGAACAUCGACUCCCAACUCGUCUUCGCCGUUCUCCUCUUCAUCGAUGACCUCCUUCGCACGCUGAACGUCGACCUCCUCCAACAAAGUGUCAAGGACAUCCGCACCAGCGAAGUGGAUAACAACAGUCCCGUGUGGCGCGCCCUUCUAGGUCCCGUCAGCGGCAUUCUCUCCGAGGUGAUUCGGAGCGAGCAGGGCGGCGGGGCUGGAGGCCAGACGUCGGUUGUGCAGAAAGUUUACAUCAGCAAUUUGGACAUUGGCCGCAUCGUCCUCGUUAUCAACGUCCGCAACAAGAGGCAAGGCGGAGAAGAAGAGGAACAACCUGAGUCCGAACUCAUUCGCGGCGUCCUCGCCAUCGUCAAAAACAGCCCGUACAUCAGCGAUGCAAACCUCGUGUUCGCGCCCCAAAACCAGCAGAACCUGUGCGGCCCGCCAGUCGUCCUCAUCAGCGACAUUCUGCAGCGCUACAUCGGCCAGGCGAUAAAGCAGAUUUUCCAGCUUCUGGGUGCGGUCGAUCUCUUCGGGAACCCCAUGGUGCUGCUCAAGCACUGGACUACUGGUGGCAAGCGCUGCGCCAAGGAGCUUCAGCGCUGCAUGCAGCUGUACUACGCCCCGCCUGCGGCCUGCGUGGCCAUGUGUCGGGGCUUCGGCAUCUGCGGGCUGGCGUGCAUCGCCGGCGUCGUCGACAGUCUCGGCCGACUCUUCGGAAGUUGGUACCAGUGCCUCGAAGUCAUCGCCAGAAACACCGACGUGUAUUCACUCUUCCCGCAGCUCGUCGCGCAGGGCGGCCUCAUGGAUCAACCCUCGAACAUCGCAGAGGGUCUAGUCAACGGAAGUCGGGGUUUCGCGUUCACUCUGGGUCUCAGUCUGAUCAACUUCUGCGUGAAACCGCUAAAGGGGACGCAGAUGCACAUGAGCGUGGCGACGGGCGACACGUCGGACCGGUUUCUCGCGGGCCUCAAAGGGUGUCUCCUGGGCGGCCUCUCCGGCUUGGGCUCCCUCUGCUGCGGCAUUCCCUCCAGCGUCCUGCUCCUGACCUCUGCGACGUGUGUCGGCGCCCUCAACCAGAUCCAGGCGGUGCCCAUGCUCGAGGCGGUUCGUCCCCGGCGCGUGUUCAACGUCGGCAACCUGCGUUUCGAGGAGUACAGCUACCUGCUGUCGCGGGCGCGGGAGUUCUUGCCCAAGCACGUGCGAAGCAACCCCAACAACCAGCUGCUGGCGGUCAUUCCGCUCGCCCUCCGGACGGGCUUCGAUUCCUCUUCCAAGUUGCUCACCUCCGAGCGCCUCCAGCGCCUCGACAGGCGCCGGGCGCGCGUGUCUCCCGUGGUGCCCUACUCGCGCCGUGUCUCGACGCGCCGGUUCCUGGCGAUCGGAUGCAAGAAGGUCGGCUACGUCGAAAGCGGCCGCGUGGUCUGGAACUGCCUCCGGUCCCAAAUCUUUCAAGUCGAGCUCGUCGAGAGCUUCCUCGCCGGCGACGGCCAUGCAAAGGCCUACUUCUUGAAAAUCAAACACUUCACAGAGGCCGCCAGCCGCGAAGGCGCCCCCCGCGGCGCCGAAGAUGUCUCGCUCGCCCGACGCGUCAAAGACGGCUUCGCCGAGACGAGCGGACGACGGGGCCACGGCUCGGCUCGCCGCAGAGACAACGAAACUUCGAGCUCGACGUCGUCGUCGGAGUACCGCGAUAGCGACGUGACGUCAUCCGACCUGAGGAGCUUCUACGAUAGGGAUAGCAUGACUCUCGACAGCGACCGGCUCCGCUCCUACGACGGAAGCAGUCCGCGGGGCCCUGGCGGCCGGGCCUUCAACCCGGCUUUCAGCCUGGGGGCGUCUACGAGGUUCGACGGCUUCCCCAGGCGGCAGGGGACCCAGAGGGGGCAGGCGGGUCGAAGGCCCCGCGGGCGAGACCUCUCGCAGAGCCACAGAAGCAGCGACUGGGACGACUAUAGCUGCUUCGCAGAGCAGCGGUCUCCCUUGGCGCUCGCGGGCAAGUUCGGGGCGACGAGCCCGCAGACCCGAGACUCGUUUUCGAGGCACAGAGACGGAGCCGGGGCGGGGGGCGAAGGCUCGGAGGGCGCGGACAGCGCCUGGGCGCCGCUGGACGCGCAGGGUCCCAAGGGGCGACUGUCGCUGCGGAUGAAGAACAUGGGCGGGUGGAGAAGCGAGCUGAGUUUCUUCUCGACCAAGAGCGGGCUCGACGACGUGGUGGUGAGCGGCGAGGAGCCGUCGGACAGGGCGCGGCGCGACGGCGCCGCCUCGCCGCGGAAGGAGACACUCAAGUUGGGGGAGUCCACCCCCGGAGUGCGGCGAAGGUCCUCCGCGAUGCACCCUAACUUGCCUGCAGGGACCCCGCGCCGGGUCCUGGGGCCCGCGGCGUCCACGAGCCCCCGGGACUUCGACGGCGCGGGGGCCAGCACCCUCCUCGACGACGGUGAGGGCAGCUCGCGGCACAGGCGAGGACGCAGGGAGAGGCGCAGACGGCGAAAGCGGAGAGAUCGCGGAGGAAGGCGAGGCAGGGCCGACGCGGAGGGGAGAGAUGGCGAUGGAGAGCUGGGCGACGGGGAGUCGAAUGCGUCCGAGGGGUCGCAGUCGCCCCGUGGAAGCUCUUCCGACAGCGGUGCCUCGCUCUCCUCGUCUCUCUCCUCAGAGGACUCGGGCGCGCGCCGGCGACGGGACAGCAGCAGUCACCGGGGUGCGGCAUCGCCCGACGAGAGCGGCGACAGUCUGAACAGCCCGGACGAUCCGCUGUCGUAUGCGCACCACAAAGUGCGCGAAUCGAGUUCAGGGACUCUAGCCGCGGAGGACGACCGCGACGCCGCGGAGAUUCCGCUUCUCGCCGAGCAAGCGACCCACGAAGGCGAGCGCAUCCGCAUCUUCAGCCGCUUGCCGUUCGCCGUCGGGCGAGACCGCGACAUGCAGGGCGCGCAGGCCUUCACCAAGCAGCGCGUCGUUCAGGUCGCCAAUUACGAAAUGGCGCACCUGGGCUUCUCCGUCCUCACCUACUUCCUCGACAGCAGCGUCACGCCGGGAACGGCCGACUCCACCAUGGCACUCCUCAUCUGA